ACCUUCUCAUACCGGGUUUCGAACCUGUGGCCUGCUCGGAGGAGAAAACGUCAUGUCUGCUGGGGUCUGUCGAUUUUUUUCAGAACUGUUGCGCAGAAACGCGCAGCUCGGAAUGAGAGGUCUAACCAACUAUUAUCUGUCCUGCUGUGUGAACUCUUUGCUGCAGAGCCUCGCUGCCACCUGGGAACUGGCAGGCAUACUAGAAAAGUGGGCCACAGCUGGGCUGAGAGCAGACAGUCGUAAUGUUCCCCUGCAGCUGAAGAAGGUUCUCGCGGCCAUGCGGAGUGACCCCCCUCAACCCUGUCCACAUCGAGACUUCCUCAACUGUCUGGACAGAAACUCCAUCCAUCUGAAUAUCCAACAUGACGCUGACGAGGUUUUCCUCUCCAUCCUGAACCUAAUCCAGCAGCAAAUGGAGGACAGAGAUCUGGCUCUCGAAAUCCAGAAUCUGUACAAGAUUUCAAUGGAGACCCAGCUGCAGUGCUUGGAGUGUAACUCUGUUCAGAGUCGGAGCACCUACCUUCUCAGUCUGCCUUUACACAUAAAGGAAGAUCACAACUCACUGGAGGGGUGCAUGGCCUCAUUCUUUGAGCAUCAGGAGCUGAGAGGAGCAAACAGCUGCUUUUGUUCCCAGUGUGGGACCAGGAAGCCAUCCAGACGGGGCGUCAAACUUAACUCCCUGCCUCAAAUCUUGUGCAUCCAGCUGAAACGAUUCAGAAACAUGAGGGGCUCCACCCGAAAAAUGGACUGUGAAGUCACUUUCCCAGAAACCUUUGACUUCUCUGAGAGUCUACGGGAAGUUUUCUCUGCAAACUUUUCUCAGGAUGACUGUCGGUACAGUUUAUACGCAGUGGUGGUGCACUGUGGCUGUGCGGUGUCGGGGCACUACACUGCUUUUGUCCGUCACAAGGACAACAAACAGUGGUACUAUGCAGACGACAGCCACGUCCAGCAGACUUCUUGGGAAGACGUGCAGACAUCAUAUGGAGGGCGCUACAGAGGCACAGCGUACAUGCUGAUGUACAGAAGAGAUUCGAAAGAACCAACAUCAACCUGA